AUGGAGCUUCAAAGUAAGAGAAGAAGAGUGACACGAGCUUGUGACGAGUGUCGAAAAAAAAAGGUCAAAUGUGAUGGGAAACAACCGUGUAUUCAUUGUACUGUUUACAACUACGACUGUACAUAUAAUCAACCCACGCGAAGAGCUAUUCCAGGUUCUGGUCCAGUUCCUGCAGGUAACGAUGCUAAUAGAAAAACAGCUGGAACGGAUAAUGGUGGUUCGGAUGCAGGAGGAGAUACCUCAGGUCCAUCACACUCCAAGAGAACUGGUGGUAACGACCAUUAUUCUAAUUCUUCUUACGGUGGAACAGCUCCACAGAACCAUUCUCACCAAAAGAAAUACUCCACUAGUAAGAAUAAGCAAUUACAAAACAAGGUCUCAAAGUACCACGAACUUUUGAAAGAGAUGAUCCCCGAUAUUCCAGAUAUCGAUGCUAUUGAUAUCCCAACUUUCACGCAGCUCUUUCACAACACAACUAAAGACGUCAAUUUCAAUGAAAUGGUGCAAGAAUAUAAACUUAUAGCACCAACAGAAGUCGCACCAAUAGUCACAAGAGAUAACCACGAUUCUUCUUCUGUGACGGGUUCUCUCAACUCCGGUGGACAACAACAGAAUCAUCAUCAACGUGAGCCUAUAGAGAAUGUUGAUGGUUCAAUUCAAUCUCACGAGGGUAAAGAAAUCAAGAUUAUACUACCUCCAAAACCUAUUGCAAUACAAUUCAUAAAAUCAACCUGGGAAAAUUGUUGCGUCUUGUUCAGGUUUUACCAUAGACCUUCUUUCAUCAAACAAUUGGAUCUACUUUAUGAAACCGACCCAGAAAAUUAUACACAUGAACAAAUGCAAUUCUUACCCUUGUGUUACGCGGUUAUGGCCGUGGGUGCUCUUUUCACCAAAACCGUAAACCAGCUCUACAGUGAUGAACAAUCUCCUAAUAAUAAUGAUGCAUCAACAAAGUUCCUACAUGACGAAGGUUAUAAAUAUUUCAUUGCUGCUAGAAAAUUGAUAGAUAUUACCAACGCAAGGGACCUCAAUUCAAUUCAGACAAUUCUAUUACUUUUCAUUUUUUUACAGUGUUCGGCCCGCUUAUCAACUAGUUACUCUUACAUUGGAGUUGCGAUGAGAAGCGCUCUAAGGGAAGGUCUUCACAGAAAAUUAGAACUUGACCCCUCCAAAAAGAAGUUGAACUUCAUUGAAAUUGAAAUGAGGAAAAGGCUAUUUUAUACGAUUUACAAAAUGGAUAUCUACAUCAACACUAUGUUAGGUCUUCCUCGAACAAUCUCACCAAGGGAUUUCGACCAAGAAUUGCCAUUGGAACUCAGUGACGACUAUAUUACGGAAGAUGCCGUAUAUCCUGAGGAGCAGGGCGAUGUUCUUUCUUCUUCUGGAAUUGCAAAUCAACAUACGAAAAUAAUAAUGAUCCUAGAUCAAAUAAUGGCAGAGCUUUAUCCCAUCAAAAAAACUAAUAAUCUCAUAUCCCAUCAAAUGGUGACAAAUUUGGAACUAAAGCUAAGACAAUGGCUAGACCAACUCCCACCUGAGUUGAUACCAGGAUUAAAAGAUGUUCCCGAAAGAUAUCUACGUGCGAAUCGUUUGCUUCAUUUAUCAUUUUUACAAGUGCAAAUUAUUCUCUACCGACCUUUCAUUCACUAUCUCUCACCCUCGGCACCUCAGUCAGAUCCACUGUCGAUUCAAAGGGCUAAUAAUUGUAUCUCUGUUGCUAGAACCGUGGUGAAACUAGCGAAGGAAAUGAUGGAUGUCAAAAUUUUGCCAGGAUCAUAUUGGUUUAGUAUAUACACUAUCUUUUUCUCCGUCGCUGCCCUAAUCUAUUAUGUACGCGAAUUGACCCCAACCACCACACAAGAUAUAGAAAAGUAUGACCGGAUAAUGGAAGAUGUUAAAACAGGUAAACAAGUUUUAUCACAACUCAAAGAAACCAGUAUGGCUGCUGCUCGUACCUAUAAAUUAUUGACAGCCUUGUUUAACUCUUUCAAUGCGAAAACUAAGCAAUCGGCGGAAAUGCAAAAGAAAUUUCAACAGGAUCAACAAAAAAACUCCGUUAACGCUCAAGACCAAAAUGAUAUGGAUUCCAGUUUCUUUGAAUUACCAGUGUAUCCAUCAUCUGAUAAUGCGGUGAUUUCUCCAGACCGAUUUAUAGAUGGUGUCGAUAAACAAAUAUCCACACCUCCCUUUCCUAUGAACUCUUUCCCGUUAGAACCUAACACGAGUAUAUCGGGUGUUAAUACACUUAAUACCACACAAACAGCUAAUCUAUUUUCCAGCACAAAUUUCAACGAUCCAUUAGAACCAAAUGAUAAUAAUAUGGAUAGAUAUUUCCCUGUUGAGAAUACAAAUAACAGUCAGCAACAACAACAACAACAACAACAACAACAACAACAACAAGAACAACAACAACAAAAUCCACAAUUUGUUUCUGCAACUUCUUUAAGUCAGAUACCUGAUUCAGCUGUUGAUGGAACGUACGUUCCAGGUAUGUUUGAUCAGUUAGACGUUCAAUUAUUCGGACGAUAUCUCCCACCUUACAUGUCUGGUAUAUCAGGUGGUGAUGCAAAGACGAAGGAUGGAACCAAUGAAAAUAUUAAGAGGGAAACUAAUUGA